AUGCCCCACAAACACAAAAGACGGCGGAAGGAGAAUGACGAUCAUUACGACCUGCCGCCUAACAAGAUUGCAAAACCACUUCCGGCGAGGCUCGAUAACGGCACCAAGGACGCCGGACAGAAAAAGAAUGCGAAGCAGAGAAAAAAGCCAGCGCAUACCGAUGAUUUCGGUGAUGAUACGCCUCGACAAUUUGCGCGGAUGAUGCGCAGAUUCCAACAGUCCAUGCCGGGCGGAAAGGAUGGAAACAAAAUGAAUUCCGAUACUGCUGCUGGCAACGUGAAAAACACUAGGAAACGAAAAAGAGGGAGGGAUGUUCCUACAGAGGCUUCAGGACGGAAUAAUAAGCCUAAGGUCCAGAAGGCCGACGCUGCUGUUAAAUCAGGAGAGUCGACCAAUGUUCCCAAGAUUCUUCCCGGAGAAAAACUCUCCGAUUACGCUGCUCGCGUGGAUCAGGCUCUACCCCUCUCCGGCGUGGCGCGCAAGGCGGGAAAUACUGGUGCAAGUAAAAUGGAUGCUGACAUCCGUAACCUGCGCGAACACCGUGAAACCAAACAUGAAAAGCGGCUCUUGCGACUGCAAAAAGGAUGGCGCGAAGAGGAGGCCAAGAUACGAGAGAAGGAAGAAGCAGAAAGGGAGGAGAGAGAAGCAGAAGAUGAAGAGGUGAAUGACACGUGGAAGCAAUGGGAGGCUGAGGCGGGUCACGGAAAGAAGAAGAAGAAGAAGAAGAAAGGAGGUAAAAAGAAGAAAAAGAACGGCGCUGCGGAUGGUCCUGAUUACUCUGACGACUCUGAUGACGAUGAUCCAUGGGCAAAGCUGAAUAAAAAGAAACGUGCUGCUCAGUCACUUAAUCCGUUUGACGUCGUGCAGGCGCCCCCGGAGAAUUUGGCAAAAGUUAAAGAGAUAUUCAAAGUCCACGGGAUCAACGGUGCUAAGGUGGAUGUGGCUAACGUUCCAGCCGCUGCUGGUAGUUUGAGACGGAGAGAGGAAUUAGCGAGCCACAGACAGAGCAUUGUGGAGGAGUACAGGAGAAUCAUGGCAGAGAAAAGAGGUCAAUAA